AUGGGUGACUACUCGAAAGCACUUAAAUUUUACGAAAAAUCACUUAAAAUAAGAGAAAAAGCUCUGCCUUCGAAUCAUCCAGAUUUGGCUACUUCCUACAACAACAUCGGUCAAGUGUAUAAUAACAUGGGUGACUACUCGAAAGCACUUGAAUUUUACGAAAAAUCACAAAAAAUAAGAGAAAAAGCUCUGCCUUCGAAUCAUCCUGAUUUGGCUACUUCGUACAGCAACAUCGGUGGAGUGUAUAAAAACAUGGGUGACUACUCGAAAGCACUUGAAUUUUACGAAAAAUCACGUAAAAUCUACGAACAUGGUCUGCAUUCAAAUCAUCCCAAUUUGGCUAAGUUCUACGGCAACAUUGGUCAAGUGUAUAUUAACAUGGGUGACUACUCAAAAGCACUUGAAUUUUACGAAAAAUCACAUCAAAUCUACGAAAAAGCUCUGCCUUCGAAUCAUCCCUCAUUGGCUGUAAGUCAUUUGAAUUUUGCAGCAUGUUACGAAAAAUUGGGUGAUUACACAACAGCUCUUGAAGCCCUUAAAAAUGCUUAUCAAAUUCAGCAAAAAGCUUUUGAAGAAGGUAAUCCAGCUUUUUCUCUUACAUACAGUAGGUUAGGAAGAGUUUAUCGCAGUAUGAACGAAUAUUCAAAGGCACUUGAGUAUUUUGAAAAGUGGCUCGCAAUAGAUAAAAAAACACUACCUGAGAAUCAUCCAUAUUUUGGUAUAUCAUACAGUAAUAUUGGUGAUGUUCAUCGUUUAAUGGGUGAUUAUGAGAAGGCAAUUUCAUUUCAUCGAAAAGCAUUAAAUAUUCAAGAAAAUGUUCAAUGUAAUCCUACAGAUUGUGCAACGACAUAUAUAAAUUUAGGUGAAACAUAUCGUCAAAUGAAAGAUUAUACAACAGCAUUGACAUAUUAUGAAAAAGGAUUAGAAAUACGUGAAAAUAAACUACCGAAAAAUCAUCCUGAUUUAGCUGUUGUAUAUCACAAUUUGGCGAAAUUAUAUUUAUCUACUCGACAAUAUAAUAUGGCAAUGAAAAAUGUUCAACAAGCCGUAGAAAUUGCUCAAGAAAAAUUACCUUCAAAUCAUCCUCAUAUUUUGGAAUAUAAAGAAACAUUUGAAAAAAUUCAAAAGAAAAUGUAA